AUGGUGAUUGCCGUCAGAGAUGUACGCGGCGGGGAGCUUUCUCCUUUUCUUCCCGAGGGACAGGACCUCAGUCCCAGCCUCGGUGUUGGGUUCAGCAUUGAGUUGCAGGACUCCGAGUUGCAGAGCAGCGGCCGAGGAUCUGGUCGCGUGAAGGGGCUUAUCAGAAUCAUCUUCAUGGGUGGGUCCAUCGAAUUGUCCGAAUUGUCCGAAAUGAGUGGGGGGUUCAUCAUCAUUGGAGUCAUGAUCAUCCUCCGAGUCAUAAUUCAUCCUCAGUAG